ACGCCUUUUUAGACUCUCUCUUGAUUAACCAGCCUGCCUUGGUUGAGUACCCGGUGGCAAUCACGUUUGAAUCAGCGAGCACCGCAUCUUCGUUCCCAUGAAGUCGUGAACAUGAGCCUUCCUGUUCACAUAUCAGAGAGUGAUGCAGCACAGAAUCCAGGAUGCAUGAAUCUUCUCAAAGCAAUCCCACAACAUGUGACCGAAAACGGAACAUCUAAGCACAUUGAAGAGGCUCACAAAAGGGCAAAAGAUGGAAUGGAAAGGGUGAGGAUAGGGUACCUUAAACAGCACAUCCUACAUCAUGAACUGCAUGAACUCAUAAUGGAACACCGCAUAGCAUCUCAAGAAAUGGCUCCAGACUCCAAGACUGCACAGUUCUUUGAAGCCCUGGAUCAGUGUUUAGCUACUGCUGAAGCAUGUGACUAUCUAUCAGAAAGGAAUAUCGGUGGUGAACAUGGUGACGGUGCCAUCCUGCUUGGAUUAGAGAAAGGCAAACUCCUUGAGGGAAAUCAUCAGAAAAAGGUAGCAUCCAUGAUCCAACCCCAAUUAAUCCCCUUGAUAGAAGAAAGACUGAGGAAGAAAUGUGAAGAGCUUCAAACUUUUCAUGAAACUGAUUCCAGCUCGACUGCAGAUGAGAUGACCUUUGCCAAGGCCACUCAGCUACCAGACGUCUUGAGACGGGAGAAAAUGAAAUUGGAGGAAGAGAAGAAGCAGCUGAAAUUAGCCAAACUUCUCAGGAACAAACAAUUCUGGCAGUACAACCAGAGCUUGCGAGAGGCACUGCAAACCCUGGAGAAACUGAUAACCAAUCACAUGUUACGGCUGCAAGCUGACAGUGACAGCAUCACAACAGACUGGCUCAGUGCUCGAUGUCAUGCUAUGAGUCUCAAAAUCAGAGUCUUUGAGGCUAAGCUGUUGUGCAGUACAUACACACCUGAAGUGCUUCAAGCUAUGAAAGCUACAAGGCAACAUCUGGAAGGUGCUGUCCAGGAGCGCAAGACCGAUCUGAUGCGGCACAGCCAAGCACUCAAAAACUAUGAAGCCAUUGGGACUGGGUUUGAAGAGAUAGUGAAUGAAUACCAGGAGUUAACAGCUGCCAUCGACAACAAGAAAUGGGCUCUUCGUGAGCUGAAGCAGAGCUUGCAAGAGGAGGAAACAGACGACUUCAAUUCUGUUAGAUGAAGUUCUUUAAUUUAACUUGAACAUUGAAGGGAGGGAUGUGACAACCGUUUUUUUACUUUAAAAGAUGACAUCCCAUUCUCGUCAACUUAGCUCAUAGCAAUGGUGUGUCCAAGAAAUAUGCUCGUUGUGCCAUACAUGAACCAGCAUGAAUGUAGCCUCACGUACCUAUGAAAUGUGGUCAUUCUUUUCUGGUGAAUACACAUUGCAGUCUUGCAAAGGAGAUUUUUAAAACUUUGGUCUAACUGCAGUUGGCCCUUCAAAGAUUUUUUAAACAAAACUUUUAAUUACAGGUGAAUCAGCCCAAGCAAAAUCUGUUUGACGCAAUAUGAAGAACACUUUUACAUAUUGGUCUGAAAAAAAGCUCCCACCUAUAAUGUAAGGUCUACUUUCUCAGUUUACUUUAUCAUGGUGAGGUCGUCAGAAUAUAGCCUUUUUUGGGUCUAUUCCAUAAAUUAGUGAUUUAAUAAUAUGCAUACCGCCAAAUGCAAAUUAUUUAAAGAGUACUGAAGUAAAUAUACAACCCUCAAAUGAAAAUUCUUAUAAACUGAUAUUUAUUUGAAAUCAGAAAUAUAAUUUGUAUUUUUUACAAAAUAAAAAGUGGUUCACAUAGUGAAAUUUACACAAUGUACAUCAUUGCACAAUAUAUCUAUACAAUGCAUCAUACAUGUUCAGAAUGUACAGGUAUUUACAAACUGUCCUUGAAUAUGAUUUGGAAUAUCUAAAGACAGAAAUUGUGAUGAAAAUAGUUUUGUGCUCUUUAUUGCUCAUUACAUGAGAAAAAAUAUAAUAUAAAUUACAUUAUCAUGCAUUUUGUUAUUCAUAUCUAGUCCUGUAUUAA